AUGGGUUUGAUGAGCUGGUUGUGGGAACGACAUCAGUUUCUAAUGCAUCAAUGUUUUUCACUUCCGUUUGCAUUUUUGUUUUAUUUUCUUGCAAAACGGGGACAUCUGUCCUUGACGCACAGGUACCUGUUUGUUUCUGUUGGAGGGUGUUUCCUGGCAGUCGUCACGAUGGGCGUCUACAGCGUUCUUCUCUUCACCUCCACCUUUGUCUUCAUUCUGCUCGUGUGCUCUGUGGAUCCCAGAUGUGUCCACGCCUGGGUGUUUGGCAUCCAGAUGUUGUGGCAAACCUUCUGGCACCUGCUUAUACAGUACAGGGAAUACUACCUACAUGAGCCCGUCAGCAUCAGAUUGUUUUUGGCAGUGUCCUCCCUGAUGCUGCUCACUCAGAGGAUCACCUCGCUGUCCAUGGACCUCCAGGAGAAACGAGUUCUGCUUACAAUUGCCGAUUCAUCCAAAAAGAAGACUUGUGUGAAGCUCCUCCCUCUUAUUAGCUACAUCCUCAAUUUCACCACACUGCUUGGUGGGCCUUUGUGCUCCUACAGCCAAUUUGUGUCCUUAAUUGCAGGGAUUAACAUCAACCCUCCCCCUAAUCCCCUCAGUGUGGUCUUCAUUAAAUUGAUGCAGGUGUUAUUGCUAGAGUGGGGGAGGUUUUGUCUUGUCUAUUUCCUGAAACUUAACACCUACAAUCCCUCAAAUUCUGUCAUUCUCCAUGGCAUGCUGUGGGUUUGGGGUCUGGCGUUGGUUUUGAGGAUCCAAUAUUAUUCUCACUGGAGGAUCAGUGAAUGUCUCAACAACGCAGCUGGUUUUGGCUUUUGGGAAAAGUCACCAGGAGACUCCCCAGACUGGAGCAGACUAUCCGAUGGAGAUGUCUGGACCAUCGAAUCUUCGAGCCGCAUGUCUGAGUUUGCCCGUAGAUGGAACGCCACAACAGCCUUAUGGCUGCGUAGACUGGUUUAUAUUAAGUGUAAACGUUUCCCGUUGUUCAUGACUUUUAGUUUCUCGCUGUGGUGGCAUGGUGGUCAUUUCGGUCACUUUGUGGGAUUUCUGACCUGGGCAGCAACAGUGGAAGCAGAUUAUCAUAUACACAAGUACCUGCAACCAAAACUUUCAUCCACAUGGAGGAAAAUAUACACUUGUUUAAAUUGGAUAAACACUCAAAUGAUUGUUGCUUGUAUUGUUAUAGCUGUGGAAUUAAGAAAUAUUUCUGGCUUGAGACUUUUGUCUGUAACACACAUAGGUCUGUUUCCAUUUUUUAAUAUAAUUCUGCUCUUUAUCUUAUUCACACUCAACACAGCUUACUGA